UGUCAGGCGGUGAAACCUGGGCCGCCAUGGUUGAAGUUCCGUGAUGCCGCAGCCUGGGAAGGAGAGUGUGGGCAGCAGCGGGUGGUGAAGCCGGGGCCGCCAUCUUGAGGCACCAAGGAGACCCGGAGACAGGCCGGGGCCCGGGGCCAGAGGAGGAGGAGAGGGGCCGGGACUCCCCAAACGGGCAAUAUGUCUGAGACUUACGACUUUCUGUUCAAGUUUCUGGUGAUCGGCAGCGCGGGGACCGGGAAGUCCUGCCUCCUGCACCAGUUCAUCGAAAGCAAGUUUAAACAGGACUCCAAUCACACGAUCGGGGUGGAGUUUGGGUCUCGGAUCGUUAAUGUUGGAGGCAAAUCAGUAAAACUGCAGAUCUGGGACACGGCUGGACAGGAGAGAUUCAGGUCAGUUACCCGCAGUUACUACCGAGGGGCAGCCGGAGCACUGCUUGUGUACGACAUAGCCAGCCGUGAAACCUACAACGCUCUCACCAAUUGGCUGACCGACGCCAGGACCCUGGCCAGUCCGAACAUCAUCAUCAUCCUGUGCGGGAAUAAGAAGGAUUUGGAUGCGGACAGAGAGGUGACGUUCCUGGAGGCGUCUCGCUUCGCUCAGGAGAACGACUUGAUGUUUUUGGAGACCAGCGCUCUGACCGGAGAGAACGUGGAAGAAGCUUUCCUGAAAUGCGCCCGGACGAUCCUGAAUAAAAUCGAUUCCGGAGAGCUAGACCCCGAGAGGAUGGGAUCCGGGAUCCAGUAUGGAGAUUCCUCGCCGCGGCACACGAAGCACCAGCACGGGGCCCAAGCACACGGCAAGCAGCAAUGCAACUGCUAG